GGCAAAAAUGAAAGGUUUGGAUGCACAAACGUUGCUCCCAAUGCAGGCCAAGAUAUGUGUUGUACAAAUCACUGGAUGACCAAUGUGCAUGAAGUAUAAGGCCAGCAUAUCCAAAUCUUUACUUUUUCUUUCCUUUUUCUUUGACUCUUUGCUUCAGCUGUUCCGCCUCCAAAUCAGGCUAAGGCACGCAAUUCCCGGAGCCAUCCUUCUUUCACGGACAUUGCUCCACCUCACAAGUCACCUGGCUUGUCUCUCUUGUCGUUGCGAUCCAUAUACGAUACAAUUAUUGGAUGCUCGAGUGGAUUGAAUGCUCAGGUAUUUUGGCUCAGACUGAUCUCUCAUGAUCAUCUUGGUGUGCCACAGUUCUCUGCCAUUCUGCGCCUUCUUGUGAGUUCUUCAGGUGCAGGGGCUCUGUUUUUCAUCUGGAUUUUGCUGUUUCUGUUUAGUUUUUUUUAUAUCCUCUCUAUUCACUUUCUAAUUCUGCCUGUGAUGUUAUUUGAUCGAGCAUAUGUACUUGAAUCUUCGUACGAAAUCAACUUAUAUUUUCUGGGCAUUUUGAAAAAAAGUUGCCAAGAAAAUGAAACGGGUCUAGACUUUGAAUCUUGUUGAAAUUCUAAAUUUGCUUUGGACGGUCUUUUUCGUAGUUCUCUUUCUUAUAUGCCCCACGGAUUACAACUAUUUUGGUACUGUGAAUAUUCUGAAUAUGUGGUUCCUAGCGUUCAAAAUGUAUCUUUUAUCCCACCUUGAGGAAUACAAUCUAGCCUGUAAAAGUUUUGCAUUUGUAAUUGGAAUCCUGUGGCUGUAAUACCAUGGCCAACGUCUUAGCUAUGAAAUCUUAGAGUCAUAUAACUCCACGUUUUGAGACUAUUUUGUAUUUAUCAACAGAAAUAGGUGAUAUUUUUGACUUUGUGUAGUGAAGUGCUCGAUAUUUACUGAUAAUUCUUAGAUGGAGUCAACAAGGUGUUCAACUAUAUGAAACUAUUCCAUAUUCUUUGUGGAUUGUGCAAGUUAUGCUUUCCCAUUUGCAGCUGCGUGGACUUUCAUAAGGUUCUGAUAUGUGUCAUUUUUUGGAAGGAUAGUGUUUCAAUGUUGUACAAUCAAGUAGAUCUAUACGGUCCAUAAAUUUUAUUUUUAUACAGCAGUAAUAUUUGUUCACUUCUUUUGAAAGUUUAAGUGAAUUGAAAAAAAAUAGAUUUUAUUAUUUAUAUUUAUGUUGCUCCCUUAAUGUAUGGGCUUCCUUAAUAAAUGAGUUUAACAUGUAAAAUAUUUAAUUAAAUAGGUAAGUGUAGAGUUAGAUUUGAACUCGGGAUCUUGUUCUUGUACUGAAAUAUGACUUUUCCCAAAAAUUUAAUUUGUUAUGGAAGUCGGUAUGUUUUAUUAUUUAUAUUUAUGUUUAACCAUAAUAGAUUGAACUGGUGUCCCGUAGGCUAAGAACUCUGGUCUUCAGGCAGAGUUCUAAUUCACUUAGAUCUCUGCUCGUUUAAUACUUGUUUACCGAAACAAUCUCAAUAGAACCUCGUUUCCCGUGAGAAAUUUGACUCGUGAAUUAGAAUUUCAAUGCACUUUAAUCAACCUUAAUCUUGCUGUAGUGUAUAACAUGCACCAGUGGGUGAACUUCUCAUGUUAAUCUGUAUGACCAGCUCAAUCCAUCCAUAAACAACAAGAAAGCGAUACCAGAGAGUAGAUAUUGUUUCUGAGGAGAGGCAUUCCAGAAUUGACAGUUGAGGGAAGAAAACAUGUUCCCUGGCGGAGGAGGCUUCGUGAAGGGAGCCACUGAUUUUUGCAUUGCAGAUUCGGAUUUGGAAACUACUGAUGCGGAGUUGAGAAGUUCCAUUCACAGAAACGUGGCCCCAGGUUCAGGCCGGAAUCCGGGAAGGCCGGCCUCAAAUGAUGAUUUGCAUGAGCUACUUGAGUGUCCUGUUUGCAUGAAUCUAAUGCACCCUCCAAUAUACCAGUGUCCAAAUGGCCACACUCUAUGUUCAAACUGCAAGGGUAGAGUGCCCAACAGUUGCCCGACAUGUCGCCAUGAGCUUGGAAAUAUAAGGUGCUUGGCUUUAGAGAAAUUAUCGGAGUCACUAGAGCUUCCUUGCAGGUAUCAGGUAUUAGGUUGUCACGACAAAUUCCCAUACUACAGCAAGAUCAAACAUGAGAAACACUGCAAACAUCGCCCAUUCAACUGCCCUUAUAGUGGAAAUUAUUGUUCUGUCACUGGUGAUAUCCCGCUCCUUGUCGGGCAUCUCAAGAAUGAUCACAAAGUUGACAUCCAUGAUGGGUGUUCUUUCAACCACAGAUAUGUGAAAUCUAGUCCCCAAGAAGUUGGGGAUGCUACAUGGAUGCUAAGUGUCUUCAAUUGUUUUGGACGUCAGUUCUGUUUGCAUUUUGAGGCUUUCCAUCUAGAAAUGGCACCAGUUUACAUGGCCUUCCUGCGAUUCAUGGGUGAGGAAGAGGAGGCAAAGCAUUUUAGUUACAGUCUAGAAGUUGGUGGACAUGGAAGGAAACUUACUUGGAAAGGUAUACCAAGGAGUAUUCGUGAUGGCCACAGGAAAGUAAGAGACAGUCAAGAUGGAUUAAUCAUUCACAGAAACUUAGCACUCUCUUUUUCUGGCGGCAAUAUGAAGGAGUUGAAGCUGAGACUCUCUGGUCGUAUAUGGGAAGUGCAAAAGAAUGUUGAGACACAAACGGCUUUAAAAUAGUAGGUAGAAGAGGCGCUGAAGUUGGAAAAAUUGGAAGCUAGCUAGCUAGCUAGAUCAUUGAUACAUGUAGAAAUUAUAUAUAUACAUAUAUUAUCCCAAGAGCUAGCUAGCUAGCUGCUUGUUACUCUGUAAAUUAAUGCAUGGGUACAUAGAUUUUGCGUUUCUUGUCGAAGUUACGAUCAGCUUUCAAUAAUUUAUGAUCAGUCUAGCUAGAAGGGCAUCUUAAUUUCCCUGCGAU